CCACUAGCAGAGGCUGCUGGUUUUCAGGAAGCUAUUAAAAUGUUUAGGUCCACGAAACGACGCUCGAAAAACCGAGAUUAAUUAAACAACAGGCCAGCUCUAUAUGUCGCCUGUUCGGAAAGCAGCCAUAUAUCAGACAUGGAUUUAUUUUUAACUACAAAGAAAUUGUUAAACGUAGGCGCAUUUUUCUUUCCAGACAACUUUGAGUAGCCAUAAACACACCAGUUUAAGGUUUGACUGAAACGAGUUAAACCGGGGUAUAACGACAGAAGCCUUAAAUAAACAUCACUGUUAUCUGCCUAGCCAUCUUCAGCAUGACAGCCAGUACAGCAAGCUACCUGUGGUCUUUACAUGAUGUCCUUGGUCAAGGUGCUACUGCCAGUGUCUACAAAGCACGCAACAAGAGGUCAGGUGAACUGGUAGCUGUCAAAGUGUUUAACAUUUUGAGCUACAGCCGUCCCCAUGAUGUCCAAAUGAGAGAGUUCGAGAUGCUCAGGAAGCUCAACCACAGCAAUAUUGUCAGGCUUUUUGCUGUGGAGGAGCUGCCCUCUAGGCAGAAAGUUCUUGUGAUGGAGUUUUGUUCGGGGGGGAGUCUGCUCAACCUGCUUGAGGACCCAGAAAAUGCUUAUGGCCUGCCUGAAACGGAGUUCCUCACUGUAUUGCAGUGUAUAGUGCAGGGUAUGAAUCACCUGCGAGAAUAUGGGGUGGUGCAUCGAGACAUUAAGCCAGGUAACAUCAUACGGCAGGUUGGAGAGGACGGUAAAUCAGUUUACAAGCUCACAGACUUUGGAGCAGCGAGAGAGCUGGAUGACGAUGAGAAGUUUGUGUCUAUUUAUGGAACUGAAGAGUAUCUGCAUCCAGACAUGUAUGAACGUGCAGUGCUGCGUAAGCCUCAUCAGAAAUCCUACGGCGUGAGCGUUGAUUUGUGGAGUAUCGGUGUGACCUUAUACCACGCUGCCACUGGGAGUCUUCCCUUCACACCGUACGAAGGGCCUCGCAAGAACAAACCCACCAUGUACAAGAUAACCACAGAGAAACCAAUGGGAGCAAUAGCAGGCAUACAGCGGGUGGAAAGUGGACCUAUAGAGUGGAGUUACCACCUACCUCACAGCUGCCAACUCUCUCAGGGUCUGAGAGUGCUGCUGGUUCCUGUACUUGCAGGUAUAAUGGAGGCCGACCAGGACAGGUGUUGGGCCUUUGACCAGUUCUUCAAAGCCACCACAGAUUUAUUGCAGCGGCAGCCAGUUCACCUCUUUUCUCUGCAACAGGCGAUGGCUCACUGCGUUUACGUGCAUCACUACAACACAGUUACAAUGUUCUUUGAGGAGGUGGCAUCUCAGACUGGCAUUGGGCUACAGCACCAACACCUGAUGUAUCUGGGUCAUGAACUGCCUCUCGAGGGCAGCAUGAAGGUGGUCAACCUGCCAAGUACUUCAGUCUCUCAACCUUUAAUUCUGCUCAGCUACGCACCAGAACCCAACACCAGUCUGCCUGUCAGAGAACCCGAGACUCCCGUCAUUCCAUCCAAAUUUGAAGUUGUGGCUGAUUACAGUUUCUCCAAGACAAUAGUAGGAGUGGUUCACCAGUAUCUGAGGAUUGUGCAGUUGCUUCACACACACCGAGAGUUGCUACUGCAGGGAUACUACGGAUACAUGAUGAAGUUGCGUAGUGAUUGUAGAGAAGCCAUGCACAGUAUUACGGUGAUCACCAUUAGACUACGGUCCUGCUUCAAUGCACAACAUAAGAUUCAUAAACUAGCCUCUUACGCCUCUGAAAACCAAGGCUCAUUUGAUAACAGUCAGAAGCUGCAACAGCUCCAUGAGAUCCUGCCUGUUUACACUGCUGGAAUCCAGGAGUUUCUGAACCGGCUGGAUCACCUGCAGAUAGAGCAAUCCAAGCUAGCAGAGACUCUGGCCAGUGACAAGAGCUGUCAGAAGAUGGAAAUGCUGCUGCAGAAGAUAAUGGCCAUUCAUCAACAUUAUCGAAAAGACCGACUGACUGGCAAAUUGGCAUAUAAUGAUGAGCAGAUCCACAAAUUUGAGAAAAUCCACCUGUCAUCCCACAUUAAGAGAGUGAAAUCCCUCUUCAGGGAGGAAAGCAUGCAGAGAUAUAAAGAGCUCGUGGCCUCAACGAGGACGUGGAGCAGUGUUAUGCUGGAGAUGCAUACCCGCCUACUGGACUUCAGUUCUUCCUCCACAGGCUUGUUGGCAGACCUGGAAAUGAACGAGCAGCACCAGAUGAAGGCUAUGGACAGAAUGCUUUAUAGUCUGCAAACCAAUAGAACAGUGCAGCCAGGACUCGCACCCAGGGACAAGGACCAGAUGGUUUCCAGGAUGCACCACUUGAGGGAUGAAAUGGAGCUUUUGGUGAGAGAACUGCAGUGUAACAACAGCAUCAUUGAGAGUUUGGGAGCAGUGAACUCUGCAGCAGACCUGGGUCCAGCCAGACCCUCCACACUCUGACAAAAACACACCAUCUUUGGAACUUACCCCAGAAAUUCACACACAGUCUUUCUCUGACAUUUAUCUCGUUUUUAGAGCCACUGAUGAGAAAUGUGUUAAACCUUUCAAGAAAUGCUUCCAGUGUGUUAUGAAAAGAGGAAGCAGACAAUCAAUAAAAUGUGAAGCUCAAUUGAAAGAUAUGAUGCACAUUAACAUGUGGGAUAGGCCACGGAUGGAUUUUUAGUCAGUGUUUGUGUGUGUGUGUGUGUGCGUUUGUUAGCUGAGUACAGCAGUUCAAUACAAAUCUCAUUAAUGCCUUUAGUGUUAUUGUAUUUUUAAUAGGCUGCCAUAGAAGAUGAAGCACGUUGAAUGCACAAUCAGCUGCUCUCCUUUCUUUGGUUGUUUCCUGUUUGUCCUGCAGAGGAAUCCAUAUUUAACCAAACCACCUCAGAGAGUGCAUUUAAAUCUGUAAUAGUAUCCCAGUUUUUAGCCUGUUUUUGUUUUGUUUGGAUACGAUAUGUACGUAGAACAUGAGAAGUCUGUUAUGUCACAUUCCUACAAUCUUGAUCAUUCAAGGUCCCUGUUUGUUAUCAUAAGUGUGCAGCAGAUUUUCCUGCCAUCUCAGUUUCUCUGAUCUGUACCAACAAUGUUCAAGCCAAGAUAAAAGAUGAUAUAUCCUGACAGAGUGAUGCUGCUACAGUUAAGAGAAUGACGUGUUAAUGCAGAGUCAGACCAGUGUCUAGUAACUAUAUAUCUGAAUACACAGGUAAUGAUUGAAUCAGGGACGGUACAAUUUUUACACAAAACAAUUUGAUUUAAUUUGAUCAAAUUUGAUGCAGUUCUGAACAUUUAAUGUAAAUGCACAUGUUUAAUUCCAAAUUAAAAUGAGCCGUUCCUAUAAGUAAGGUUUUGAUUUGCUGGCUUAACACAUGUAUUUUAUAACUGCAUGUAUUUGAUGUAUUUCAUGACACAAGAAAUAAUGCAUUUUAUUUGUUAUGUUUGAAUGUUUUGUUUUUUUUUACUUUGCUGUAUACUUUAACUCUGGGACACAUUUUUUAAGGUCAGAAAUCUUUAGGAAUGAGUCAGGUACUGGGUGCUGUAAUAAUUUUGGGGCAAAUAAAUGGAUCUCUAGGUCUGCA